AUGAUAUUCCGUUGUCGUGUUGUUCUCAACACACACCAUCUUCAAUUCAAACCCAAACUCAAACUCCCCUCAUUAACAACACUCACCAAAACCACCCAUUUUUCUUCACUCGUUUCCACUUCUCUUCAAAGUUUCAACCACACAAACCUUCUCCAACUCUGCACCCUUUGCCUCACCCUUUCCCAAAUCAAGCAAGCCCACGCCUUUGCCGUCUUCCAUGGCUUCCUUCCUCGCUGUGUCUCCCUAUGUGCCUCUCUCAUUCUCCGAUAUGCCUCCUUUGGGCACCCCACAUCCUCCCAUAUUCUCUUCCAACACAGUGUUGUGUAUUCCCGUAGUGCUUUCUUGUGGAACACCAUUAUCCGUGCCAAUUCUAUUGCUGGUUUCUUUGAUGAAUUCAGCAACUAUAACACCAUGGUUCGUGCUGGUGUUAAGCCUGAUGAGUGCACCUACCCUUUUGUUCUGAAGGUGUGUUCUGAUUUUGUGGAGGUUCAUAAGGGUAGGGAGGUUCAUGGGGUUGUGUUUAAGCUUGGAUUUGAUGGGGAUGUCUUUGUAGGGAAUACCCUUUCGGCCUUUUACGGGAAUUGUGGGCUUCUUGACGAUGCAACAAAAGUGUUUGAUGAAAUGCCGGAAAGAGAUAAGGUGUCGUGGAAUACUGUUAUUGGUUUGUGUUCUCUUUAUGGGUUUUACAAGAAGGCACUAAGGUUUUUUAAGGAGAUGGUUGUGGCCGUCCCACGGAUUCAACCGGAUUUGGUUACCGUUGUGAGUGUGUUGCCAGUGUGUGCGGAAACUGAGGAUGAGGUGAUGGCGACAAACUUGCACUGUUAUGCAUUGAAGGUUGGCUUGUUGGGCAAUGUAAAGGUUGGAAAUGCGUUGGUUGAUGUAUACGGGAAGUGUGGAAAUGAGAAGGCUUCCAGAAAAGUUUUUGAUGAAAUUGAUGAGAGGAAUGUGAUUUCCUGGAAUGCUAUCAUUACUAGUUUUUCUUUUAGAGGGAAAUAUAUGGAUGCUUUCGAUGUAUUUAGGUUGAUGAUUGGGGCAGGUGUGACACCGAACUCUGUCACCAUUUCUAGUAUGCUACCUGUAUUAGGAGGAUUAGGACUUUUCAAGUUGGGAAUGGAAGUUCAUGGGUUUUGUUUAAGGUUGAAUAUUGAGUCUGAUGUUUUUAUUGCUAAUGCGUUGAUAGAUUUGUACGCAAAAUCAGGAUCUCCAAGAAUAGCAUCUACUAUAUUCAAUAAAAUGGGAGGAAGAAACAUUGUAUCUUGGAAUGUUAUGAUUGCCAAUUUUUCUCAGAACAAGCUUGAGUAUGAAGCUGUAGAAUUAGUGAGGAAAAUGCAAGCUGAGGGAGAAAUCCUCAACAAUGUAACCUUCACAAAUGCUCUUCCAGCCUGUGCGAGACUUGGUUUCCUGAAUGUCGGAAAAGAAAUUCAUGCCAAGAUUAUUCGGGUUGGAUCUUCCCUCGAUUUGUUUGUCUCUAAUGCUCUGUCAGAUAUGUAUUCAAAAUGUGGAUGCUUAAACCUUGCUCAAAAUGUCUUCAAUAUUUCUGUCAGGGACGAAGUUUCCUACAACAUACUAAUUAUAGGCUAUUCUCGAACAAAUGACUGUUCAGAGUCUUUAAGUUUGUUUUCAGAAAUGAUACUCUUGGGCAUGGCUCCUGAUAUUGUUUCUUUCAUGGGUGUAAUAUCAGCUUGCGCAAAUCUAGCUUCCGUAAGACAAGGCAAAGAGAUCCAUGGUCUGCUGGUGAGAAAGCUUUUUCACUCUCAUCUUUUUGCGGCGAAUUCGCUCUUGGAUUUGUAUACCAGGUGUGGACGAAUAGAUCUGGCUACAAAGGUCUUUGACACUAUUGAAAACAAGGAUGUGGCCUCUUGGAAUACUAUGAUUUUGGGGUAUGGUAUGAGGGGUGAGUUGGACACUGCAAUGAACCUUUUUGAAGCAAUGAAGGAAGAUGGUGUGGAAUAUGAUUCAGUUUCAUUCAUUGCUGUUUUGACUGUGUGUAGCCAUGGAGGGAUGAUUGAGAAGGGGAGACAAUACUUUAAGAUGAUGAGUGAUCUUAAUAUUGAACCAAUGCAUACACAUUAUGCAUGUAUGGUUGAUCUCCUAGGUAGGGCUGGUCUAAUGCAAGAAGCUUUGGACCUUAUCAGAGGCCUUUCUAUUGUACCAGAUACUAAUAUAUGGGGUGCACUUCUUGGAGCAUGUAGGAUACAUGGGAACAUAGAAUUGGGGCACUUGGCAGCUGAACAUUUGUUUAAAUUAAAGCCUCAGCACUGUGGAUACUAUAUUCUCCUUUCAAAUAUGUAUGCAGAAGCUGAAAGAUGGGAGGAGGCAAACAAGGUUAGGGAGUUGAUGAGGUCAAGGGGAGCUAAGAAAAAUCCUGGUUGCAGUUGGGUUCAAAUUGGAGAUCAGGUGCAUGCAUUUCUUGUUGGUGAGAAAAUUGACAGCUUGGAUAAUGACUUUUGGAUGUCAGAUUGUUAA